AUAUAUUAGAAUAUAGAAUAUUCUAUUCUAUAAUUUCUAUUUCUAUUUUCAAUCUCAUUUUAGUUUAUUCCGCCUUUAUUAUUUGCACCCCUCCCACCACUAUCCCCCUUAAUUUCCCGGGGGGCCCCCCCUUUUCUGAUGAUAGUAGAAUCGCAGGUGUGUGAUGGGCAGCCGUAGAAACCGUUAAAUCAAACCAAAUAAUAUGCUCCCCCCUUUUUUUUUUAAUCCUGUAGAUUUUUCUUCUCCCCAUCCCCUUCCAUCAUCUGAACCCCAAAAACCCCUUUAACAAUGACUGGCUUUCAUUGGAAAGGAGGCAGUUUGCGCCUUUGGGAGGGCCAUCCUGGCUUUGACUGAACAACUCUGGAGCCAGUCCAGUUGGAUUGAAGGGGAGGGAAGGGAUGUAGGCGUAGCUCUGGCUUUCCUCUAAAUGCGAUUAAAAAAAAGAAAAUACAUCUAAUCCGGAGUGCUGCCUGCCUGGAGCUCUGGGAUAGAGAGAGAGGGGGGGGGUUGCCAAGGCGACAAAUCAAAGCAAUGUUUUGAUGGAUAAUAAAAUGAGCAUCAUUUAAGAAAUUGUGCAGGGUUGUGUUCCGUUCUCUUGUCCCGUUCCAGCCGACAUGGUAGUUGGUCCUGCUUUUACUACCUUAGUGAGGUUCCUUUAUAUUGUCUUUGCUGCCCCUUUGAACUGACCCACUUCUGUGAAUUGUGGGACGUUUUUCCUAUUGCAGCCACCUUCCCCAAGACCUUGUUCCGACUCCGGAAAGUAAAACUGCCUUUGGGAGAAACCAGAUUAGGGAAGAGUCUUGUGUAAAGCCCCUUAAAAUAGAGUUGUUUGUAGCAUAAGGUGGAAUUGUGGGAUCCUUGGUGCUCUCUGAACUUGGUGGUUUUCUUGUAGACGUUUCAUGACCCAGCUAGGUAACAUCAUCAGUGCUGGAAAGGAGUGCAGGAUGCAGGGAGGAGGACUGUGGGGUCUUUGGGGAUUUAUGGGCUUGGUGCAGUGGUGAAAUCCAGUCAGAUCUAUCCGGCUCGUGCGAACCGGUAGCACCAGCAGCAAAAGGUUCCGCCCACCCGCUGAGACGUCGUUACGUCCCGUCUGACCCUCUGUGCAUUCGCAGAAGGCUCUAUGCGUAUGCAGAAGAGAUACGCACAAGCGUGCGCGCGUGCUCACAUUCCCGAACCAGUAGCGAAGCCAUGAGCGGCUCCCAAUCGCUCCUGUGGGCUGUGGAUAUUUUUGGCAGAGUUUACACGUUAUCCACCACCGGCCAGUACUGGGAGCUGUGCAAAGAUGGAGAACUGGAAGUGAAGCGGGUUUCGGCCGUCAAACAAUGCUGUUGGGGACUCGCUUGUGACCAUCAGAUCUACGUUUAUGUCCACUCCAGUGAUGUCCCCAUCCGGUUCAAAGAGGAAACCUAUGAAAAUCAGCGCUGGAACCCGGUGGUGGGCUUUUGCGACAGCCUGCUGCCCAGCGACCGCUGGCAAUGGAGUGACGUGAGUGGGCUGAAGCAUCAGCAGCUGGAAAGCUUUGCGCUGCCGUCUCCUCAUUGGGAGUGGGAGUCUGACUGGUACGUGGAUGAAAAUUUUGGAGGGGAAGCCACAGAGAAAGGGGGCUGGACCUACGCCAUCGACUUCCCAGCUACGUACACCAAGGACAAGCGAUGGAAUUCCUGUGUCCGACGAAGAAGGUGGAUUCGGUACAGAAGAUAUAAAGCGCAAGACACCUGGGCAAAGAUUCCACCCCAUCAAGAUCUGAAGCAGUUACCAGAUCCUUUUAAUGACAUCUCCGUGGGAGGCUGGGAGAUCACCGAUGAACCUCUGGGUCGACUCUCGGUCUGGACUGUCACUCUACAAGGCAAAAUCUGGUAUCGGAACGAUGUCACUCAUCACGAUCCUGAAGGAUCUUCCUGGAGCUUAAUCCCUGCUCCAGCAGAAGCCAUACAGAUCAGCUGCGGACCGUACGAUCUCCUCUGGGCCACCUGCUGGGAAGGACAGGCGAUCGUGAGAGAAGGGAUCGACCGAAACAACCCCCAGGGAACGUCAUGGACAAUUGUGGAUCCACCGGUUGCCGAGAAUGGGAUUUCGCACGUGUCUGUUGGGGUGAAUGUGGUCUGGGCGGUCACGAAAGACAGAAAAGUGUGGUUCAGGCGUGGCGUCAACUCCUACAACCCUUGUGGCACCAGCUGGAUCGAGAUGAUUGGUGAAAUGCAGAUGGUGGACGUGGGCUUAAACGACCAGGUUUGGGGGAUCAGCUGUGAGGACCGAGCGAUCUACUUCCGUCAAGGCGUCACGCCAAGCGAGCUGAGCGGGAAAAUGUGGAAAGCCAUAGCCUGCAACCGAGAGAGCGACCGAUCUCAAACCGGCAGCUCCACCAGCCUCCUUAGCGCCGGUUGCUUCUUUACGGACGACAUCAAAGAACAAAGCCCCUCCGUCUUCCAGAGCGAUGGAGAGUCCCAAGCGGAGCCAGAAUCGCUUGUGAACGAUGCUCGUCUUCCAGGACCAGGUCCCGAUGCCCCUAAGAGUCUCCAUCCGAUCCCGCAGCUGGAUAUGGACCCGUUAGCCACCGUUCUGGAUGAAGCCGCCGGCGGAUCAGAUGGAGACCAUCAAGCUGGCCCAGAUAAUAAAGCUCUUUCCGAUCUGGACUCGCUUCCUCCCAAGCUUCAGUGGACCAACAUCGACCUCAAAGAGGCCAGCAGGACGUCCAAAGCGACUGUGCUUGCCGAGACCGCCAGUUUGUCUUCCUUCUUGCCGGCUGGCGUCGAGGAUCCUUUUGUGACCGACGAUCUUCCCCUCUGGAUUUGGGUCUCCAGCAGAGGCUGCCUUGUCGAUUCCCAGAGCCCGCUCAAAUGGUUCACCGCUCAGUCAGCUUUAACCUCCUGCGCUCAAUCCUUGGCGCUUUCCAUCAGCCCCAGCCACACUGCCCAAUGGAGGAAGCAAAUCUUUCGCCAGCUGUCGGAAAGGACCCACCGAGAGUUGGACAACUUCAGACAUUAUGAACAGGCGGUGGAGCAGUCCGUUUGGGUUAAAACCGGAACUUUGCAGUGGUGGAGAAGUUGGAAGCCCUACCGUUGGGUCGACGUGCAGGUGGCCCUGGAACAAUUCACUGCGAACGACGGGACCCGGGACAGCAUCCUCUUUGUCUACUACACGCACAACGAGGAAAAGAAGUACAUCCACAUGUUCCUCAACGAAGUCACCAUCCUAGUUGAGAUUCUGAAUGAGGCCAAACAUUCUUUCGCGCUCUAUACGCCGGAGAGGACUAAGCAACGGUGGCCCGUCCGUCUAGCUACGAGCACCGAACAGGAAAUGCACGAUUGGCUAGCACUACUCAACAUGUCUUGUUGUGAGGGCCGGCAGCUCCAGGGCCCUCCUUCUCCUGAAGCCAUCUGGUCGCUGACUUGCAAAGGCGACAUCUUUGUGAGCGAGCCUAGCCCUGACCUGGAGGCCCUAACACACCCGAUGCCUUGUGAUCAAAUGUUUUGGCGCCAAGUCGGGGGACAUCUUCGCCUGAUUGAAUGCAACAGCGAUGGCAUUGUGUGGGGAGUGGGUUAUGACCACACCGCCUGGAUUUACACUGGGGGUUACGGAGGAAGUUUUUUGUCAGCUUUGGCAGGCAGCCCUGAGAACAUCCAUCCACAGACAGACAUCAAGAGCAUCUAUAUUUAUGAAAAUCAGCGGUGGAAUCCUGUCACGGGCUACAGUAACAGAGGCCUGCCCACCGACCGGUAUAUGUGGAGCGAUGCGUCUGGGUUACGCGAAUGCACCAAGGCUAACACCAAGACCCCAUCACCGCAGUGGUCUUGGGUGUCCGACUGGGCCAUCGAUUUCAGCGUUUCGGGCGGGACCGACCGAGAAGGUUGGCAGUACGCGGCAGACUUUCCCGCGUCUUAUCACAGCUACAAAACAAUGAAGGACUUUGUGCGCCGGAGAUGCUGGGCCAGAAAAUGUAAAAUUGUCACAAGUGGGCCCUGGCUGGAAGGGCCUGCAAUCGCUUUGCGGGAUGUUUCUAUCAUGUCGCAACCUCCUGGGUCGAAGGAAGAGUUUGUUCCCCUUUGGGCCAUCAGCGACAAGGGAGACGUGCUAUGCCGGCUGCAAGUCACACCCCAAAACCCAGCGGGCACCUCCUGGCUGCAUGUGGGAACAGACCAACCCUUCGUUUCGGUCACCAUAGGAAUGUUUCACCAAGUCUGGGCCGUCGCCCAAGAUGGCUCGGCAUUCUGUCGCGGUUCCGUGUCUUCCAAAAAACCAGAAGGCGAAUGCUGGUACCACGUUCCUUCGCCUCCGAAGCAGAAAUUAAAGCAAGUUUCCGUGGGACGGACGGCUGUGCUAGCCGUGGAUAAAAACGGUAAUCUGUGGUUUCGUGCUGGAAUCACGCCGAGUUACCCUCAAGGAUCUAGUUGGGAUCACAUUUCUAACAACGUCCGGAAAGUUUCUGUUGGACCUUUGGAUCAGAUCUGGGUGAUAGCUGACAAAGUCCAAGGGAGUCACAGCCUGAGCUGUGGAACUGUCUGCCACCGGACCGGAGUCCAGCCUCUGGAACCCAAGGGAGUCUCUUGGGACUACGGAAUUGGGGGUGGAUGGGAACACAUCACCGUACGAGGAAACGCAACCGAAAGAACCAAGAUGGCAGUUCAGGAUGGCCCAAGCUGCUCUCCCCGUAAUCUUAGUAGCUUAGAGGUCCGCGGAAGCUACCAGCCACAAACCACCAUUUUUGUAGACGGCGUCCAAGGCUUGGACAGAAACGCAGUCCAGUGUUGACUUUGAUGCCGAAGUUUCUACCUUCUGCUCAUUCCGCGUUGUCCCGGAUCACGGAAGCUACGCCGAAGACUUAACGCUGGUUUUUGAACCCUCGCUCCGAGUGUGCGAAAGAGACCCCAAGUCAACUCCAAGCAUGCAGUCUACCGACCCUUCCGUAUUGUGUCUUCUUGGCGUGAGGGAGCAGGAGUCGACCCCAUCCUCGUUCAAAGAGAUGCUCCAACCGGGGGUGGGUGGGGAGGGCAUGUCUCCCAGAUGGGUGUGGUUGUGUGAUCUCCCAGAACUCCCCACUUCUCAAUGAGCAUUUUUGGGAGUUAAGAUUCACAAACACACACACACACACACACCCGCCAACAGAGAAGAUACAAGAUGGAGAAGAUCUGAUUUGGAAGCCCUUGAACGGAGAGACUGCAUGUUCAUCACCUCAGUGGGAGAACUGGAUGUUUGUGUGUAUGUGUGUGUGUGUAUGUGAAUUCUGCUUGUGUUGUUAUUUUAAACCCUUAAUUUAUUGUGGUAUUUCUUAGGCCUGGUGGAAUGUGAUGUUCUACAGGAGUCCUGGAUUCGUUCCUAUUAACUUGAUUUAUGCUGGCCAGUAUAUGACCCAACAAUGUAGGGGACCAGGGUCGAUUAACCCUUUCUAUUAUAAGCCCCCACUCGGAGUAUCUUCGACCCCGAUCCCUGGCUUCCUUAGAUGUUCCACAGGCAGGACCUGAUCUAUGAUGAGCCAAGCCUCCCUCACAGGGUUGACAUGAAUAAACUGAAUCAGUUAGUUAAUUCUAUAACAAGCACUUAUAUAUAUAUAUAUUCUAUAGCAAGCACAUAUAUAUAUAUAUAUAUAUUUGUUUUCUGAGGUUUUCGCGGGUGUUUGUAUGUAGGUCUUUGGUUAUUCGGGUUUUCUCCUGCGUAAAAUUGGAAGU